UCGAUUUUCUUUUUCCUCAAACUGACAAAUUAUGUUUUCUAAACACAAUUAUUCAAUGUUGGAUCCCGUCAACCACCAUUUCCUUGUGCUUUCCGUCUCCUUUUUUCUUCUUCCUCUUCUUCUUCAUUAUUAUUAGCUUCAUCCUCAUCAAACCCUUUUUUUUUUCUUUCCCUUUACAUGCUUUCCCAUCUGCGACAUCUGCUUUAAUUCUGUUAAAGACCCCCUCUAGCUAGCCAUGGAUUCAUAUAUGGAAAAACCUGGAAAAAGAAUGAGGAGUAAUGAUAAGGUUGAAGACGACGAUGGAUCAUCAAGUAGAGCAACGGGAAUGGAGCUCUUACCUCCUGAUAUCCUCGUUGACAUCCUUUCAAGAUUACCCAUCACCUCUUUAAUGCAAUUCAAGUUUGUUUGCAGAGCAUGGAAUUCCUUGGCGCACGACCCUCUUCUUCUUCAAACCCAGCUUUCCUCUAAACCUUCAAGAAACCCAUGUCUCAUCCUCCACUGUGACUCUCCUCUCCGCACCCAGCUCUACUUUGUCGAUUUAUCUGUCCCCGACUACCACGACGAGAAGGUCAAAAGGUUCAACACGCCGUUCCAGGCCGCCAUGCCGGAGUUCAACGUGGUUGGUUCAUGCUAUGGAUUGCUUUGCUUGUCUGAUUUAUUCUUCAACGACCCCAUUUACAUAUACAAUCCUUUCACAAGCGAUUAUAUAAAGCUUCCCGAGUCUGCAAAUUACCAUGAUCAAGAAGUGGUGUUUGGAUUUGGGUUCCAUCCUGUAACGAAACAGUACAAGGUUGUCAAGAUUGUGUAUUACAGAAAUGGCCAUCAGCGUUCACGCAGAGUGUUUUAUCCGCAAUCUGAGGUUCAGAUUUUCACACUGGGAACCUCGGCAUGGAGAACUUUAGGCAAAGUACCGCACCGGCUAGUACGGUCGCCGUCUGAAGCGUUAAUCAAUGGCAGACUCCAUUGGGUCACCCGGCCUCGCCGAUACCAUCCUGCCCGCCGGAUCAUUUCGUUUGACUUGGCAGACGAGCAGUUCAGGGAGGUCCCGAAACCUGACUCCGGCGGACUAAACAGAUGUAACUUUCAUCCUGCGGUGAUCAGAGAGUGUCUUGCCGCAGCUGUCUACGGCAGCUAUGGGAAAAUGGAGGUGUGGGUGAUGAAGGAAUAUAACGUGAAGGAGUCUUGGAUGAAGCAGUUCAGCAUUGGAGCUUACAUGCCCAAGAGACUGAAGCAGAAUCUGGAGAGACCCUUCAAGAACUGGAAGAACGCAGUGAAGGGGAGUCCUGUUAGAAUUCUGUGCGAGUUGGAGAAUAGUGAGAUCUUGUUGGAGUACAAGAACAGAGUUGUGGUUUCUUACGAUCCAAACAGGGACAAGUUCAGAGAUGUCAUGUUUCAGGGAAUUCCAAGUUUCUUCUCCUCUGUUGUUCAUGUUGCAGGUUUCAAUUGGAUUGACAAAAGCGGAGAUGCCUCAUGUGCAGAAACUUGAAGAUCAAAAUGGAUUGAUUCUUGCUUAGCAUCGGACUCCAUUAGCGAGUUUAAGAAAUAGGUGGGCAAGCAGAAGGUAAGGCAAUGAAGAGAAAUGGAGGAGGAAAAUAGGGAAUUGAAGAAGAAACCUGAGAAAGAGGCGGUGAUGAAAGGGGUUUAAGGAUGAACAAAAAGUGCUGCAAAUACCAGAGACGGAGAGAGUAAGUGGCAGAUAUGAGCAGCUGGGUUGAAUAAUAAUACAUUAUUCAACCGCUAAAGAUGUGGGGAGAGAAUUAGUGUGUCUGUUAUCCAUCUAUUCUUUUUUAUUUCUCUUGGGUCCCUGAGAAAUGAUGCUAAUAAACAUUAUAUUACCCAGUUGAUUUAGCAAAAAGCUAGGCCCAGAACCCAGUAUUGGUCCGAACAAUGGCUCCUGAUUUAAGCCCCAUAUUGUAACAGAGAGGUGCAGAAAUUUUAUUAUGUUGGUUGGUUCUUUAUAAAUUUCUUCUGCGAAAGAGAAAGACCCAAUUGGGUGAA